AAUCAAUAAUUACUCUCUCUCUCUCUCUCUCUCUCUCUCGUUGCCUGCCAUUAAACAGCCAAGGACGACGACCGCUUUCGGCAGAGACGACGGAGAUCGGUUCUCGCCGUGUGGCUACUCGUCUCUUCUCGAAUUGAUUUUCUCUUUUCCGAGCAAGCAAUCUUGGAGAAAGACGAAGAAAAAAAGGGAUUUGUUAUUUCGAAUUAGCUGAUCGCUAGGUUCUUAUUCCGUGAGAUCAGCUUUUUGAUCUCGCCUCAAAAAACUCCAGAUCGCCUCCAGUUUCCAGCGAUUGGAUUUGAGUAAGGACACUACGGAAUCUCUUUUUUUCCUUUCGCGAUUAGGUUUAGGUUCGGGAGAAGCUUAGCAUUUUGUAAACCCCCCGAGAUUCGAGCUUCUGAGAGAGAGAGAGAGAGAGGCGGUUAGGUUUUAAUGAGUGAAGGUUUACUGAUAAUCAUCCCAGGGUUUACUGGAUCUGGAUGAUUUUACGUUUUGACUGAUCAGCAACAACAAAAAUAAAAAAAAAUGUCGAUGGGAAGGUUUCUAUCUCUGGUGAGAGGAGACUCGGCUGAGUCACCACGUGAGAUCACCACCACGCACAGUAAUCUCGUUGGCGAGUCCGGUUCUAACGGUUGGCUUAUUAGGUUUUUCGACUCUGCCUUCUUCUGCGAGUGGAUUGCUGUUAGUUAUCUCUACAAGCACCCUCACGCUGGUGUUAGGGACUACUUGUGCAAUAGGAUGUAUACGCUUCCCUUGUCAGGUAUCGAGAGUUACCUCUUCCAGAUCUGUUACAUGAUGGUGCACAAACCGAGCCCUUCGCUUGAUAAGUUUGUGAUUGAUAUCUGUGCCAAGUCGUUGAAGAUCGCGCUGAAAGUGCAUUGGUUUUUGUUGGCUGAGCUGGAGGAUUCUGAUGAUAAUGAAGGCAUCGGUAGGAUUCAGGAGAAGUGUCAGAUCGCGGCUACUCUGAUGGGUGAGUGGUCUCCUCUUAUGCGUCCGCAGGGUGAGGUUUCGACUCCCGGGAGCAAGAAUCAGGUCCUGAGUAGACUCUUGUCGUCGAAACAGAAGCUCUUCUCGUUGAACUUAUCUCCGCCUUCACAGAAGUCUUUGUCAUUCUCGCCUUCACCAGGGGGCAGCAACAUGCAGGAUGAUGGUAGUCAGUUACCGUCUGAGGAUAAUAAGAUUUUUAAGAAACUUAUCCCGAGUCCUAAAGUUAGGGAUGCUUUAAUGUUUAGGAAGUCGGUUGAGAAAGAUGAUGAAGAGAGUGAAAAGGAAGGAUUCUUCAAGAGGCUCAUGAGGGACAGCAAAGGUGACGGUGAUGAACCAACAUCUAACUCGGAGGGCUUCUUUAAGCGCCUUAUGAAAGACGGUAAGUCAGAAGACGAGGAGAUAACAAACAGUUCCGAGGGGUUCUUUAAGAGGCUCUUGAGUAGUAAAGGAGAAAACGAGGAAUUGACAUCGAGUUCAGAUGGGCUGUUUAAGAGAUUGUUACGAGAUAAUAAGGGGGAUGAAGAGGAAUUGAGUGCAAACUCGGAGAGCUUUUUCAAGAGGUUAUUACGGGAGAAUAAAAACGAGGAUGAGGAAUCAAUUGCAAACUCAGAAGGGUUCUUCAAGAAACUAUUCCGUGACAGCAAAAACGAGGAAGAGAAAGGUCCUAAAUCAGUGGAUGAUGAGGACAAAGAUGGGUUCCUUAAGAAACUUUUCAAGGAUAAAUCUGAUGACAAAAGACAGGCUAAUGAAAAGAAAGAGACGAAUAGAGCAGUGCUCGCUGAUGAUAAAUCUGGUGAAGAGGAUGAAAGGGAGGGUUUCUUUAAAAAGUUCUUUAAGGAAAAGCCUGACGACAAGAAAGACACUGUCAAAGCUGAUGACGGGAAUGAAAGCGAGGGUGAUGAAUCUCCAGAAUUUUCUCUGUUCAAAAGAUUAUUCCGUAUACACCCAGAAGAUGCAAAACCUACUUCAGAAAAUGGAAAUACCAGCAAUGGCUUAGUUGAAAGCAGUCCUGGGACGGAGAACUUCUUCCGUAAAUUGUUUAGAGAUCGUGACCAGUCUGUUGAAGAUUCUGAGAUAUUUGGAUCAAAGAAACACAAAGAGAAGCGGCCAGGUUCACCUAGACAGCGGGAUGAUACUCCAUCUGGUAAGCCCCCACUACCAAACAAUACCGCAUCACACUUCAGGAAAGGGGCUUACCAUGAGUCGUUGGAGUUUGUACAAGCGUUGUGUGAAACAUCGUAUGGCUUGGUAGAUAUCUUUCCGAUUGAAGAUCGGAAGAUUGCUCUUCGGGAGUCUCUUGCAGAGAUUAAUUUUCAUUUAUCUGAAGCUGAAACCACCGGAGGAAUAUGUUUUCCAAUGGGGAGAGGAGUUUAUCGUGUUGUUCAUAUUCCUGAAGACGAAUCCAUUCUUUUGAAUUCUAGAGAAAAAGCGCCGUACAUGAUUUCCGUAGAAGUUUUGAAAGCAGAAGCACCAAGUGGUAAAGAUGCAUCUAACUCCCAGAAGCUUUCUAAAGGGGGCAUUCCAUUGGCCAAUGGGGACGCAUUCUUGCAAAAGCCACCUCCAUGGGCUUAUCCACUGUGGACAACUCAGGAGGUUUAUCGCAACAGUGCUGACAGAAUGUCGCUAUCCACUGCCCAAGCAAUUGAUCAAGCAAUGACUCCCAAGUCAGAGGUGAAGGUGAAGCUUGUCAAUGUGAGCCUCUCAGUGGAGAAUCUUGAAUCACUGAGUGAUCCAUUUGAUGAUGUUCUGUCUGAGGCCCCACGAACUGGGCUGAACACUGAUCUUCAGUGGGUUAGGGUGGUCGUGACGGCUGACCCAGGACUUCGAAUGGAAAGCAUUCCUGAUCUAGCAGCCCCACGUAAAAAGGAACAUCGUCGUGUUCCAAGUACUGUUGCCAUGGAGGAAGUAAGGGCUGCUGCAGCGAAGGGAGAAGCACCUCUAGGCCUUCCUCUCAAAGGGGCUGGUCAGGAGGAUUCGUCGGAUGCACAACCAAGGGCCAAUGGUGGAAUGUUAAAGGAAGGUGAUGCUUUAUCUGGUGAACUAUGGGAGGAAAAGCGAGAGAGAAUUCGUAAAGCUUCAAUAUACGGAAAAUUACCUGGUUGGGACCUGCGUUCUAUCAUAGUGAAGAGCGGUGAUGACUGUCGGCAGGAACAUCUUGCUGUGCAACUCAUUUCUCACUUUUAUGACAUAUUCCAAGAAGCAGGUCUACCCCUCUGGUUACGUCCUUAUGAAGUUUUGGUUACAUCUUCGUAUACUGCCCUUAUAGAAACAAUUCCUGAUACGGCUUCUAUUCAUUCUAUCAAAAGUAGAUAUCCCAACAUCACGAGCCUACGUGAUUUCUUUGCUGCAAAGUAUAAAGAAAACUCUCCGAGUUUUAAGCUCGCCCAGAGGAAUUUUGUUGAGAGUAUGGCAGGAUAUUCUUUGGUCUGUUACCUUCUGCAGAUAAAAGAUCGUCAUAAUGGAAAUCUUCUCUUGGAUGAAGAGGGUCACGUUAUACACAUUGAUUUUGGUUUUAUGCUUUCGAAUUCUCCUGGUGGUGUGAACUUUGAGAGUGCUCCGUUUAAGUUAACACGUGAACUUCUUGAGGUCAUGGACUCUGAUGCCGAUGGGGUUCCAAGUGAGUUCUUUGACUAUUUCAAGGUGCUAUGCAUUCAAGGAUUCCUUACAUGUAGAAAGCACGCUGAGCGAAUUAUACUCUUAGUUGAAAUGCUACAGGACUCGGGGUUCCCUUGCUUCAAAGGUGGUCCACGGACCAUUCAAAACCUAAGAAAGCGAUUCCAUCUAAGCCUAACCGAAGAACAAUGUGUCUCUUUGGUGCUAUCUCUCAUCAGCAGUAGCUUAGAUGCUUGGCGAACACGGCAGUAUGAUUACUACCAAAGGGUCUUAAAUGGAAUAUUGUGAUGUUCCCAUUAGCUAUUUUACAGAGAGAACAAGCAUAACAAGGGGUAAAAACUCAAAAACAUACAUUGGUAUGUUGGGUUAAAACGCCUACAAACCAUUUGCGUUUUUUGAGGAUCCCUUUUGUCAUAGUUGCAGCAAUCAGAAUCCUUCCAAGGGCAGAAAAAGCGUUUCACCUGAGGAGAAGCGGUCAACAACAUGUGCGCUCACGCGUGAGUGGGAGAAGAAACCAGUCACACGUGUGACUCACACGUAGAAGGAAAGAAAUCACACUGUACAGAAUGAUUUUUGCUGAGGUUUGAUUGUUUUAUCUUUACUUUGCUUACUACUUGCAGAAGAAAAGCGAAAGGGCAAAUGCCUGGCUUCCUUCCAAAAGUUUCUAAACAAAACCCUUUUGGAGAGAACAAGAAAGGGUUAUGUUUUUAUUUUGUUCUUUUUAUCCCCUACUGAAAACUGAUGGUGUGAUAUUGUUGUAUAAAUUGUGUAUUAUCUUUUGUUAAAUUAGAAUAUGAGCAAGAACAUAUAUGGUCGAA